AUGAAGGGCAAAAGAAGAAGAAAAUCUGAGGCCGUUAUUUCCUUCCCGCGAAGCUUCUCUCUCCUUCUACUAUCAAUCAAUCCAUAUCCGAUAGCAUCAGCUGCUAGUUUUGAGCUGAUUUUACUAAAAUGGCGACGGCGUCGUUUUCAUCUCUGGGAUCAUUCCCAAAUUCAUUAAUCUUUAGCAAGAUUUCUUCUUCUAGUUCUUCAUCCACGUUGGGGCAACGGCAAAUUGUAUGUACAGCAUUUAGGGAGCCAAAUGUUGACUUACCCAGUUCCUCUGAUGGUAAUGAAAUCUCGGAUUGUAGAGCUGUAGUCGAUCGAAGGGAAGUGUUGUUAUCAUCAGUGGGAUUUUUAGCAGUAGCCAUUUGUAAUGCUGGGAAGGCGGCUGAAUUUGCUGACAGUAAUGUCCUCUCCUAUAUAUCUACAUUUUAUUUUAUUUCUAUUUUUUCAUAUUUAUCAGAGGCGGAAGCAAGAUUUAAACUCGAUAGCUUUAACCUUUAAGAUUCUUAGGAUCGA